AUGCCAGGCGGCAAGGGCGCAGCCUAUUACGACGAGGACGACUACUACGACGAGGAGGAGGACGACUACGGCUAUGGGGAAGAGUAUGACGACUACGUGGCCGCAAAGCCGAAGCCACCCCAGCCGGCACCAUCGACCGCCGGCAAGCAGGCCAAGAGGCUGACCCCGGGCGCCGCUCCCAGCGGGGCUCGCGGCGGCGGCAGGGGAGGGUCUGCCGGGAAGGGCCAUGCUGCCGGCCCAGCUUCAGCGGCGGGUGCGUCUCGCCUCGCUCGCUACCUGUGUGACCCCCCACCUCUUCGGCCCGACGGGCGGCAUCAGAAGGGCGGUAGGCCUCGGGCUCCCGGCCGGCGCCCUGCUGCAGAACACUGCUUUUUGCAUCGCCCCGCCUCUUAA